AUGGCUACAGUACGUAUAUGCGUCUGCGGAGACGAUGGGACCGGAAAGUCCAGUCUCAUCACAUCACUGGUCAAAGAUGUAUUUGUUACGAACAAAAUCCAAUCAGUCUUGCCUCAAAUCACCAUACCUCCAAGUAUCGGGACUCCAGAAAAUGUUACCACAACGAUUGUCGAUACAUCUGCAGAACCUCAAGAACGAAAUACAUUACGAAAAGAAAUAAGGAAAUCAAAUGUUAUACUACUGGUAUACUCGGAUCAUUACAGCUAUGAGCGAGUGGCUCUAUUUUGGAUGCCAUACUUCCGCUCAUUAGGUGUGAAUGUACCGGUAGUACUUUGCGCCAAUAAGUCAGAUUCGACAACAAGUGGGAGUACAGCACAAGUGGUUGAGGAUGAAAUGUUACCAGUGAUGGCAGAGUUCAAGGAAAUAGAUUCAUGCAUACGGACGAGUGCCAGAGAACAUCAUAAUGUCAAUGAAGUCUUCUUUUUGUGUCAAAAGGCCGUUACACAUCCAAUUGCGCCGCUUUUCGAUUCCAAGGAAGGCUCUUUGAAACCUGCGUGUGUUGCGGCUCUGAAUAGGAUAUUCUAUUUGAAUGAUAAAGACCAGGAUGGAUAUUUAAGUGAUCAAGAAAUGCAAGACUUUCAAGCCAAGUGUUUUGACAAGUCAUUAGCUCCAACUGAUCUCGAAAACAUAAAGAUAUCAAUUAGUAGAGCUUCUCCAAGCUCUAAUAUGGAGAGAGGGAUCGACCAAAAGGGGUUCAUUCAUCUCAACAAGAUAUUUGCGGAAAAGGGUAGACAUGAGACUAUAUGGAUAAUUCUACGGAAAUAUCACUACACGGAUAGUCUGAGCUUGAAGGAUAGUUUCCUUCAUCCCAAAUUGGAUAUUCCCGAAUCUGCUUCUGCAGAACUCAGUCCCGCUGGCUAUCGAUUCUUCGUUGACCUGUUUCUGCUGUUCGACAAAGAUAAUGACGGGGGCUUGAACGACAACGAGCUAAACGCUCUGUUUGCACCUACCCCCGGACUCCCAUCAUAUUGGCUCGAAUCAAACUUUCCAGCUUCUACAGUCCGCAAUGAAGCUGGCCAUAUAACUCUUCAAGGCUGGCUCGCCCAAUGGUCCAUGACAACCUUCGUCAGUCCCACCACCACACUCUCAUACAUAGCCUACCUUGGUUUCGAACCCACACCCGGCAAACUCUCCACAACCAGCGCAUUAAAAAUAACCAAACCCCGCAAACGACGGCGUCGUCCUGUCCGCACAGAACGUAACGUAGUUCUCUGCUACGUCCUCGGUUCCUCCACUUCAGGCAAAUCCUCCACCCUCGACGCCUUCCUCAACCGUCCAUUCGACCCCCUUUACACCCCUACCAUCAAGCCCCGCGUCGCAGUUAACAGUGUCGAACUCCCCGGCGGCAAACAAUGCUACUUAAUACUCGAAGAACUCGGCGAACUCGAACCCGCCAUUCUAGACAACCAAGCCAAACUCGACGCCUGCGACCUCCUCUGCUACGCAUACGAUUCCUCGGAUCCCGACUCUUUCAGCCACAUCAUCACCCUACAUAAAAAAUACCCCGCGCUCUCAUCCCUCCCCUCAAUAUGCACAGCUCUGAAAGCCGAUCUCGACAAAACAACACAGAGAUGCGAAAAACAACCAGAUGAAUACGCUCAACUCAUGAAUAUGAAUGCGCCACUACAUGUAAGUGUUACCUGGCAUAGUAUUAGUGAGCUUUUCGUUACAUUAGCAGAAGCAGCGACGAAUCCGGCAACGGCGUUUCCAAAAAGUGAGGAGGAAGCACCGGAUAGAACAGGGGUUUGGAUUGCGGUUGGAGCAACGGCUUGCGCGGCGGUAGCGGCAGGCAUGAUUUGGAGGAGGACGUGGUAUGUUGGGUAG